GGUGCUUCUGGCACUCCACACAGACUAUAACCGUAUGAAACAAAGCCGGAACCGUGGCCGAAAUAAAGAAAAACAACAACAACAAAAAGGAAUCCGCGUCGUGCCGUCGGGGUGGUGGUGUUUUGUGAAAGUGGCGCCGGAUCGGGCGUUCGAGCUGGCACCGAUUCGAUGUCCGUAAAAAAAACCCAAACAACCAACCGAACCAGAAAAGACAAAAAUUAGGUGAAUACUUUGCCCCAACAAGUGAAUCACACCAAUAUAUUAAUACCACAGCAAAAAUGAAGCAGAAAAACAUUAAGGAAGGCAGAAGCUAAAAACCCAGCGCGACCGAAAACACCACCGCCAGUAAUCCCAGACAAAGAGACCCAUCCAGAGAAGCCCUUUGUCCACCUAGUGGACAUUGUCGAAGAGAAACUAGAUGGAGUCGGAUUACCACUGGCUGGUAACCGCAGCCCUAGUAGCCUCAUCUGUAAUCGCCAUCACAGCCAAUCUCUUCCUACUUUUGGUGAUAUGUCGCAGACGAGGCCUACGUACUGUGCCCAACAGGUUCAUCAUCAACCUCCUGGUGACCAAUUUACUUUCCAGUAUUCUACUAAUACCACUGUUGUUGACGGAUCAAGGCUUGAACCUCGUCUCCAACACCACAUCAAUCACCAACUCAUCGGAGCUGCUCAUCAUAUCGGACGACUAUCGAGAGGAGGUGCUGGAGAAGAACGUGGUGGAGGAAAUAGUAGUGGACAACAGCUGCGACCGCAUCUUCCUCUGCUACUUCGCCCAAAGCAGCACCAACUUCGUCUGCACCGCCUCCAUCUUCAGCAUCCUCCUCAUAGGCGUCAACCACUACUUCGGCGUCAUCCACUCCCUGCGCUACCACUUCUACAUCAACAGAUGCAGAUCGACCAUCUUCAUCAUCACCAGCUGGGUGAUAGCCCUCCUGUGUUCCGUGUUGAGUACAGUGACUUACAGUGACAGCAUGUGGAGCUUCUGCCACAAAACGAGACAGUUGAGUGAACCAAUGCGCGUCAUCAACACGGUGUACGCCUUCACCUACUUCAUCGUCGUGAUCCUCGCCCCCUUCGCGGCCAUCUGCCUCAUAUACUACUGCAUUUACAAGGCGGCCCACCGGAACAGCGAACGCAUGAGAAAGUCGACGUCGAGCAGUGCCAAUUUGGAUUACAUACAAGUUCCUUCACCCUACACGGACCUGACGGAGAGAACGUUGCCCAAGGUGCAUUCCGCUCCCAAUUUCACGCACCUGGUGAAGCAGAGCAGUUUCAUCGAGUGCGAAACGCAGAACGCCAACAAGGUGCAGAGGACGGUCAGCGAGAGGAACACCAAUAACUUCAUCAACACGCUGAAGCACAAAAUCUCCAACGCCUCGGUGUUUAGGUACAGGGAGGAGACGAGGGCUGCCAAAAUCAGCCUGUUGGUGAUUUUUAUGGUGCUCGUGUGCUACGUGCCGUACGGCAUAACUUUGGUGCUCAGCUGCGAGUACGUUCAAGUCAAGCCGGGGCAAAUAUUCAACUACAUCUCGUUGAUACUCCUGGUUGUGUCCAAUGUUGUUUCGCCCUUUCUGUUCGGCUACAGGAACAAGAGGAUCAAGAGGGAAAUAGGCAAGAUCUUCGGUUUUGUCCAGUCCUCCAAUGUGAAUCGCAUUUCCGUGGUGGAGCGACAGAGACGGCCCAACAUCAUCAGGAAUCGCAGCUUCGAGGAGAUACACGAGAACUACGAUCAGUCGCCCAUUAGUGAACCGUUUCUGGUCAAGAACCGGCCCAUACCCGAAGUGGUGGUAACCUGCAAGCCGGAGAACGAGCGCAAGAGCAUUUUAAAGAAGUACACUUCGAGUUGGAGCAGUUACAAGAAGUGCAACUUCAUCACAGUGCCCGAAAGCUGCAUUAGCGGUGAGGCUAGGGGCUCGUUUUCCAGUGCCAGCACUCAAAUCUCCAAUGAGGAAUGAUGCAGGGAUGGCGGGAAUGUUUUGGAAGAAAUUCUCUCCGUUGAGGAUGAUUGAGGAUUGUAAAUAGAACACGUGGAAGAGUGAUGUUAGAUGAUUGAUGAUGAAUUUUUGGAGUAAUUUGUGUACAUAGGAGAAAAGGCUGAUUAGUUUUAGAAGGACGAUACUUAGUUUCGUGUUUUUAGAGUCGCCAUUGAGUUCCUAAACGUUACAAAGACAAUGUUACGUUUAUAUCAAACUAGAAGUAUUCAUUUCAGUUUUAUUUUUAUUUUUUAGACAUGUAUAUAGAUAGAAUAGGCAGCAUUUAUAUGUUGAACUAAACUCUCUUAAAUGUUAUUGACUGAUGUAUUAAUUGAACCUUAACAUGACUUAAAAACCAAAUAUUUAGUAUUUUUAUAUUAAAAGCAAACUUAGAGUUAGAAUCAUGUUGAUUUUGUUACCCAAAUUUUUGCGACUGUCCUUUAUUAUUACUAAAUGUAGUAAUAACUUUGUAAAUUAUGUGUAUUAAUUUAUUGUAAACUUGGCUGUGUCAAAACGGCUUAAUAAAAACAUAUUAAUUGUU